AUGAGGUCCUCAAGAUCUCUCGUACGCUCAACGCGCCAACUCCAAACAUCCCUCAGACUUGUCCGCCCAACAUGUCUCGCCCCGAGGGUCCGAGAUCUUCACUCCGCUGCGCCCCGGAAGUCGGGCGUCGCAUCUAACCCAGCAAUGUCCUUCCCCUGCCUCGACGCCCUAGAAUCCCGUUCUGCCCGCUUGACCGACGACGAUACCGAGCCCUCGUACACUUCAGGUGCUACGCAGAAUUACCUCUGCAAAGAACCCUUCAUGCUAGACUGGGGCGGCGUGCUUCCCGAGUUCAACAUUGCGUACGAGACGUGGGGUGAGCUCAACGCCGAUAAAUCGAAUGCUAUUCUUUUACACACUGGCCUAUCCGCUUCGUCGCAUGCGCACUCUACAGAGGCGAAUACAAAGCCUGGCUGGUGGGAGAAGUUCAUUGGACCAGGAGGACCGCUUGAUACGAAUAAAUACCACGUUAUCUGUACGAAUGUCAUCGGCGGCUGCAAUGGUUCUACGGGACCGAGUAGUGUCGACCCAGGCAAUGGCGAGCGCUAUGCAACGCAUUUCCCCAUCUUGACGAUGGACGAUAUGGUCCGCGCCCAAUUCCGUCUUCUCGACCAUCUCGGCAUCGAUAAGCUCUACGCCUCCGUUGGUUCAUCAAUGGGCGGAAUGCAAUCUCUCGCCGCAGGCGUUCUCUUCCCCUCGCGCGUAGGCCGCAUCGUCUCUAUCAGCGGCUGCGCACGCUCUCACCCGUACAGUAUCGCCAUGCGCCAUACGCAGCGCCAAGUCCUCAUGAUGGAUCCAAACUGGAAUCGCGGGUUCUACUAUGGAAAGGUUCCUCCUCAUGCGGGUAUGAAGCUUGCACGGGAGAUUGCGACGGUUACGUAUCGUUCUGGACCGGAGUGGGAGCAGCGCUUUGGUCGUCGUCGGGCAGACUCGAGUAAACCGCCUGCGCUAUGUCCUGAUUUCCUCAUUGAGACAUAUCUUGACCAUGCGGGUGAGAAGUGGUGCUUGAACUAUGACCCCAACAGCCUUUUGUAUGUCAGCAAGGCUAUGGAUCUUUUCGAUCUGGGUAUCGAGCAUCAGCGCGCAACUCGUGCUCGUCGUCAAGAACGUGAGAAAAACCUCGCUUCAGGAGAAGCUUCGCCCCUUUCCGCCGACGCAUGCAGUCUUACUCUGCCCAACAAACCUUAUGAGGAACAACCUGGAUCUCACCCGGAUCCCUCGGAUGCGACUGUUGUGCCAGGCUCAAGACCCCCAGAGGAUCUGAUUCACGGCCUCGCACCACUACGGGAUACCCCCACGCUGGUUAUGGGUGUUGCAAGUGACAUCCUCUUCCCAGCAUGGCAACAGCGCGAGGUAGCUGAAGCAGUCCGUCUAGCUGGAAACAGAAACGUGACGCACGUUGAGUUGAGUGAGGAGAUGAGCAUGUUUGGCCAUGACACAUUCCUCCUGGAUCUCAAGUACAUCGGCAACAACCUGCGCAUGUUCCUCGGCUAG